UGCAUGUUAUUCGUUGUAUUAAAAAAAGUUAUAUAAUAUAUUGUUUCGUACACUUAUCACUUCUAUCAGAAACUAGAUGAACUGCUUCAAACGCUACAAGGAAAGCUUGUACUAAAAUAUUAUAGUAUAAACAACGAAUUGGACAGGUUCCACCGUGGUAAACUACUGAAACUGGUUAUGGAAAAUUUACUCUGCGAAAUGAGUAUUACGGACAUAACCGCGGCGUGGUACACUAUUAUUCAUAAGGAAAUUACCAAAAUAUUUCCUAUGGAGGCUGGUCACUUCAAGGUUUAUUCAGGCAAACUAGCCAUGAUAAAGUACAAUUUGAACAAAAGGCUCAAAACUGGACCGCCAAAAUCCAACAAAAAAACGCCCGCUGUUGUGCUAGCAGGAGAAACAACAGAGCAGAAUAUGAUAGCAGCCAAAGAAUGGUUACGAUAUGGACGCGAACCCUGGGAAGAGGUCAUCCACCAAUGGAAAGCAAGCUAUAUUCUGCGGCGUAAAGAGUUUACUUCAUUGGAUGGAGCUGACGUUUGCAGUCUGUGGGCUGAGGAUAGUUGGCCAAUUUUAGCGCAGCCUACAGGACCAGAGCUGAUGGAGUACGAUUUUCAACAGACCUUCGCCUGCCAAAAUACCCUCUUCCAAAAAUGGCCAAUGUUCAUUGAAAAAAUUUAUAAAUUGGCAAAAAAACAACUCAAAAGUGCGCGACAUGUUCAGAUGAUUGAAGAAUAUGGUGCAAAAAAGAAUGAGGUACUAUUUGCGCAUUUGAUGUGCGGAAUGCUCAACCCUGGAUUGGUGAAACAAAAUUUCAAGCCAUCGUUUCAGGAUGUUGAGAAGGGUUUUGUACUACUUGUGCAGAGCGAGAAUGACGUCAUCAAUGCCAUAAACAAACACCGUGAGCAUAUGGCGGAGAAGGGCGUACGAUUGCAACCACGCGUAGUUGCAGUUUGCAACGACGCCGUUUCCCAUUUCUAUACGUACAUCGACGCAGGUAACAUGCAAAAAGCAAACAGCAUGGUACACGCAAUCGAUAUUAUAUUCAAAACAUGUAUGCUGAUAGAUGCUUCGUAUCCACCCGAAGCACGUUCCGUAUGGACGUUCGUGCAGACAUUUUUCUACGGAAUAACAACAAUUUAUGAUCGACGUUUUCAGUGCGUUGAUGCAUUGUGUGCAGAAUUGACAGAACAAACGAAUUAAAGUUCGUUCGAAUAAGUUUCGUUUUCGAAACAAGUAUACUA